AAAGUCUCCAGUGGUGCUCAGACUAGUGUCUCUCAGUUCCCUGAAAAAUCGCUGUAAAGAUUUGUCAUUGACGAGUAAACUCAUGAAAGAAACCGGGCGACGGACAGUUUUAAAGCUGGACUUGUGCUGCUGUUUUCUUUUUCGCUGUAAUUGUGUUUUUUAGAGAUUUUAAACUGGUUGGUUUGUGACGCGUAGUCGCCGGGAUUUCCUCUCAUCUCGAAGUUCCCAAGAUGAACUUCGGUCCGGUGGUCGGGAAACUUUCUGUGUUUGCGGCAGCGCUCCUCAUCGGGCUGGUUUGUCACGCAGCAGAACCUCCAGCAUCUCAGUGGUCCAGCGAUGAAUACACAAACAAAAACCUCACUCUUCGACAACACAGGACAUGUGUUGAGAAUGAGCAGUACCUCCACCAGGGACUCUGCUGCCUCAAUUGCCAGGCUGGAUCCUUUGUGCAGAAGGGAUGUGAAAGAGACCAAGAACACGGGACAUGUCUUCCCUGUGAGCACGGACAGACCUACACAGAGCACUCCAACGGGAUGAACCGCUGUUUGCCCUGUACACACUGCCGCUCAGAUGAGAUUCAAACUGCAUCCUGCACCACGACUACAGACACCAGGUGCCAGUGCAGACCAGGGACCUUCUGUGUCCCAGAUCAGGCCUGCGAAGUCUGCAAACGUUGUGCCAAGUGUAAAUCGGGAGAGGAGGAGGUGAAGAAGUGCACCCCGUUCUCUAACACGGAGUGUCGGAAACGGGAUCCGUCCCCAACCGAAACCUCCCCAGCCCUUCCUUCACCGACCCCUACGUCUUCUGCAGACAUUGUUUCUCCUAUAUGCAUUUCCCUGGCCAUCAUCUUCAUCAUCCUCAUUAGCGUGGCUGUGUGGUUCGUAAUCAAGCAGCGUUCAUGGGAAAUACCUUGUUCAAAGAGCCACUGUGAUUCCAGUGAAAUUGUGAAGAUUCCUAUUGAUGAGAGUGGAGCUACAGCGGAGGAGAGACAGAACAAUCAGAACGCAGGUCUGGAGGGGGAAGAGUCUCGCCCAGAGUCCCGGCCCCUGCUGCAGGAGACCCAGCCUAGCAUGACCAAGGCCUCCCCUCCCCUCGAAGAUGAGGACCGAGGACUAGGAGACAGUUUGCCCAACACCACUAGUUCGUCUCAAACUAGCCUGUCGGCACUGCCCACUGCAGCUUCCUCUGGUAACACCCCACACCAGAGCCCCACUGCCAUCAGACCACCUCCUGCAGACAUGGAUGAUCCUUUGCUACAUCGAUUGGUGCCACUACAAGGGUCAGAAAGAUCCCUAAAGAAGAGCUUUGAUUUGUUCGACGAGUACCUGGAUGUGCGGAUCCACAACAAGUUUUUCAGAAUGAUUGGAGUCAGUGACAACCACAUUCGGAUUGCGGAGAAUGGAGCCCCUGUUGACAAAGUGUAUGAACUGCUGAAGAACUGGAUGCAGAGGCAGGGCCUAAAAGCCGACAUCAACGACCUGUUGGAGGCUUUGCUAAGUAUGGACCAGCGACGCUCGGCCGAGAGCAUCGCCUCCGCAGCCCUGCAGAGAGGCUACUACAAGCACGCAGACACUCCCUGAAAGCUGAAGAAACGGGGACUCCAAAUGAAGUAAACACAAAAUACUUAACACAAGAACAACUAAAAGCACAUCGACACUGUCGGUGGACAUUGUGUUACGAACGGGGCUUACCUCUCUGUGGCGGACCAGCCAUGUAAAAGCCAGUAGUUUUUAAAAAGAAAAACACAAAAAGGGGAAGGUCGAGUCGUAUUUAUCAGAGCUCUGAAGAUGUUGACUACUUGUCAAAUGCGGAGGUGUAAUAGUGAAAAUGAAAAAAAAGUUUUGUGGUUUAAUUGAACAACCUGCCCGCCAAAGACAAACAUGAUAAUGUGUUCCAAAAGAGCAGAUUAACAUGAAGGUGUCAGUGUCCACAGGCAGAAACGGCUGCAUGUUUCAGGCUCCGAUGAAGAAACAUGCAUCCAAAUACUGAAAGCUUAGAAGUCUCUGGGCGCGUGUCACACAUCUGGUCCUCUACCCAGAUCACAAUACACUACCUGGAGACGGUGAUAUACACUGGUUAGUAGUGGCAUUAGCUGUGUCACUAAUACUGUGCCGCUUUGAUGCACUGACCUCUGGCACAUGUAGUAUUUAAAACAAUCAUGUUAUAUUUGUUGUUUUAUAGAUUUAGGCUUCUCUGAAACAUAUGAAACAGUUCAUGAACAUUUUCUCGACUAAUGGUAUGAAAAUAUCAUCCAUUUGUUAUGACGGUCAAUUUGCAGCCUUACUAAUCAUUAGUUUUACCUCUUCAGGGCCAUUUGAUAAUCUAAGUGUAUUUAGCUAUCAUUUCAUUAUGUUCAUAGAGCAUAAUUAUUCAAAAAUCUCGUAGAUUUUGUACAAUUAAGUCCCAUUGGAGAAAUGUUUUCAGUCUUUGUCGUCCGGCUUUUUGUGUGUUCAAUGUUACUACACACACACACGACAUUGUAGAAGGAAUAGUUUCUGUUGGAACAAUAGUUUAGUCAAAUGUUUCCAUGGAGAACUUCAGAGGUCAUUUUUAUUUAUUGACAUAUUUAUUGUAAUGAAUAAUAAUUCACUUUUAUUAUUUAUACCAUUACCAAAACAAAUGACCCUGGAAAAUAAGCAUGCGCUGUAUUUGUGUUUUGAUAACGUUUAGCUUCAGGGCAAAAUGACUGACAAAAUUUUCAUGGCGGGGUUGUAUACGUAGUUUUUAGUUAAACUCUGUUUAUGCUUGCGUUUGGUCCACACUAUCAAUGUUACGUGUGCCAUUUGUUCACCAGAGACGACAUUCAGCAGAGUCUGGAAGCUUUCAUGAGGCUAACUGCCGAAUGUGUCAUUUCCAAUCGGCGAUGAGGUGACACCAAUGUUAGAAAAUGAGGAUUGACGUGUUGAGUCCAACCGUUCAAGUGAGCCGACUGAACAAACAGUGCUCCUGCAUGUGUCUGCGGUGACGUGGAAUGCAGGUAUGGAUUGUUUUGACGUGGUUAGACUCAGACAAGAUGAAGGAAACUCUUUUUUUCUGGAUUUAAGAAGAAGCUCAGAUUUAUUUCCCUCAUUCUGCCACAUAUACAUACAAAUUCAGUCCAGAGAGCAUUGAUGCCUCAGAAAGUGCAUAUGUGUAAAUAUGCAGCUCUAUCAACAAACCAAAAUGAAUAUAGAAAGGUAUGAAGUCAUUUAGAACAACAGAAACACCAACCACAUUAGUUGGCUGUUGAUUGUGACAUUUUAAAAUAGAUUUUGCCCAUUUUUUUGUAGUCUCUUAUGUAAAAAGGAAAGCGUUACAGAGUUCUAUAUUAUUGCUGAAGAGCGAUGCUACAGUGCUGGCACUGCCAUCUAUUGACAGACAAUGAAAAUACAGCCGGCAUCAAUUUCUAGGGAUCUUAUACACCCCUCUCUCACCUAACAUUCUCCCUUUAACUCCUGUUUAGACAUUUCUCAACUUUUUUUUUUUUUUUUUUUUUUUUUUUUUUUUUUUUUUUUAAAUUCCUCUUGGCCUUUCCUGAAGUAGCAUAGCAGUGGAUGUUCUUCAGUGCAUGUUUUGUUCACUCUGUGGCAGCAGUUGAUGUGAGUGUAUGUCUUCUCUUUUUAUAAUUUCUGUGUGUUACAUAUUUCAUUGCAAGUCCUAAGCUGUUCAAUUAACUUCCUUUUUACUUGUGUAAAAAUGUCUGUUUGCCAUUUCCCCCUUAGUUAUUGUUUGCUUGUCAUGGAUUUCAGCUAUAAAUUAUGCAAAUCAAAGCUCUUUUUAUGUAAAUUUCAAAUAAAUGUUUUGUACAGAU